AUGUCGUUGUUACGUUUUCCCAAAAGUAACAUUCUUAGACCAACGUGUCGCUACGCGCAUACAGUCACCGCUCGUCGACUACCAACAAGAAGAUUGCUUUGGGGCGCUGCUGGAGCUACGUUGACCGUGUCACUCGCCUUCGCAUUGCGCCAACAUACCAUCCUUCUUGAUGCUAAUGUCGUACCCCCAAUCGGAACGGCUACGGAGGAUCCAGAAUUCAUAGUCGAUCCAGCAACUGGCAUCCAGUUUCCCAAAGUGAUCAAGGUUGCUUCCAAAGUUCCGCUGCCUAUGCUUUCCUUAGUAGGAGUGGGGGUCAGAACUGUCUCUUUCCUGCGUAUCCAAGUGUACUCGGUCGGUUUCUACGCAGACUUGAACAACCCGAAACUGAAACUCGAACCAACAAUGACACCCGAUGAAAAAAUACGGGAGAUUGUCAACACCUGCGCCUGUGAAAUACGAAUUGUCCCUACCAGAAAUACUUCAUACUCACAUCUACGAGAUGCUUUCAUACGUGCAAUUACUGCUCGGCUAAGGGAUGGCCGCAACAAUGGUGAUACAACUGAAGAAGAAGCCGCCUUGGCUGCCUCCCCCAUCCGCAAACUCAAAACUUUAUUCCCAAACACUACUCUCACAAAACAUUCACCGCUAGAUAUAUUUCUUUAUCCUCCCACCCCUGGGAAUGCUCGGGCCUUGACAUUCCGUGAUCUUGGAUCCAUUGAGAGUGAUUGGGUAGCCAGAGAGUUUGUUUUACAUUAUUUCCAGGGUGAUGGGCUUAGUCCACCUGCCAUCAGCCUGCUUAUCUCCAAUUUCCCAACCACCAUGACCCAGAAGUACAAGUAUCUCUCCCCUGAACAGGUAGACCAUUUCCUCGAGCAUGGCUUCAUUGUCAUCCAAAAUGGAUUCACCGAAGAGAGAGCCGCAGACUGGAUUAAGACGAUUUGGAUACGACUCAACCUUGAUCCUAAUGAUAAAUCGACCUGGGAUCGAGAGAGAAUACAUAUGCCGUGGCAUCGCAGGGAAAAGGUGGCCACAUUUGCGCCCAAGGUUUGGGAUGCAAUGCAAGAUCUCCUAGGAGGCGCAGAGCGAAUUAACGAGGAAGAUAGUCGUUGGGGUGACAGCUUCAUUGUGAACUUUGGUAACGAAACUUUGGAAAAUGCGACUGACCAUAUUCAUCCUCGGAAUUUGGACAAUUGGCACGUCGACGGUGACUUUUUCGUUCAUUACCUUGAUUCUCCCGAGCAAGCAUUGCUCGUCAUACCGAUUUUUUCGAACAUCAAAACUGGAGGAGGAGGAACGUUCAUUGCCCCAGAAGGUAUCCAAAUGAUCGCCCGCUACCUGGCUUCCCAUCCAGAGGGUGUGAUGCCGACUGGACUCUCAUUUACUCCUUCUACGACGAUUUAUACUGAUUUCAAGAACGAUCCUGGGUAUUGGUCGCACUUGAAAGAAGUACAGAAUUGUUCACAGUUUGUGGAAAUGGUUGGGCAGGUUGGAGAUGUUGUAUUGUUGCAUCCGUUGAUGCUUCAUUCGGCGUCGAAAAAUUAUCUCCGUCAGCCACGCAUUAUCACCAAUCCUCCAGUUUCGUUGAAGGAGCCAUUCAACUUCGCGCGGGAGCAUGAAGAGGAGUAUAGCCUGGUUGAAAGGAAGACUCUUAAGGCCCUCGGUGUGGACAAACUUGACUUUCACAUCACAACUGAACGUCGGAGAAUGACACCUAAGAGGCUUGGAGUUCAAGAGAAGCUUUUGGAGGAGGAGAAGCAACGAUUGAGGGAUCAUGAAUUGUGA